AUGGUUCAGUUUGGUUGCUAUCCGGCAAGAAUAAUAAUUGAAGAGCCACAAAAGUGCUGCCUAUCGAGCCGUGGAGCGACCCAAAUUGCCAGAGGACUACGUUUUGAGACCGUACAGAUACAUGAAGAUUCGCCAGAAUUCUCAGGAUGUGAGGAAAGCAUGUUACUGGAGUCACUGAAAGUAUCACAGUUGUAUGGAUGUAACCGAUCAGUUGUCAACAUUAAGGCGUUCGACGACUGA